ACAAAAGUCAUCACAGUGGCAAAAGUCAUUCCCUUCUUCUUGUGGUCAAUGGAGGUGCUUAAUUCAUCUUCUUUAGAAUACUUUCAGCUAACAUUGUCAGCCUCUCUGUUACCCUUUCUCAUCUCCUUCUCAUAGCCUAAAGUUUCUCAUUGUGAAUAUUUAGUCAAGUAUUAUAUAAAGGCUUUCCAUUUUUAAUUUAGAGUAUUUCGGGGCUGUGGAUUUUGCUGUGUAUAACAACAUCCAUGGCUUCUUCUGUUCUGACUCAGAACAACAAGUAUGAUGUAUUUAUGAGUUUCAGAGGUGUUGAUACCCGUGAUAAUAUCACCAGCCAUCUUCAUGGUGCUUUGGUUAGGAGGAAAAUCGAGACUUACAUAGACUACAGAAUGGAGAAAGGAGAUGAAAUCUCAUCUGCACUUCUCCAAGCAAUCAAGGACUCGAGGCUCGCCAUAAUCAUUUUCUCUGAAAACUAUGCAACUUCAUCAUGGUGUUUGGAGGAACUGGUGCAUAUAAUGGAUUGCUGGAGAAGAAGUGGACAGUUUGUGAUACCCAUUUUUUACAAAACCGAUCCAUCAAAUGUACGGAAACAGAAGCACAGUUAUGCCACUGCUUUUGCUGAACACGAAGUUCGUUUCAUGGGGAAUUUGGAGAAGCUUCAAAAGUGGAGAGAUGCUUUGGCUCAAGCUGCUAAUCUAUCUGGCUUUGAUUCCGCCACUAUUAGGAAUGAAUCUGAAUUGGUUGAGGCUGUAGUGAAAGAUGUUUUGAACAAACUGAACCGUGAAACUUCAGGUGACUUAAAGGGUUUGGUGUCAAGUGAUUUGAGGGGUUUGGUUGGAACUGAGAGACAGAUUGAGCAAAUUGAAUCACUAUUAUGCAUCGGUUCACAAGAUGUUCGGAUUAUAGGUCUUUGGGGCAUGGGUGGUAUAGGCAAGACUACACUUGCUGAUGUUGUGUUUAACAAACUCUCCUCUCAAUUUGAAGGUCGCUUCUUCCUUGCAAACGUUAGGGAAGAAUCGGAGAAACAUGGACUAGAUCAUUUACGAAAUAGACUUCUAUCAAGAUUAUUAGAUGAAGAAAAUAUGAAUUAUGGCGCCCCAUCUAUAGGAUAUUUUGAUAGACAGAGGCUUCGUCGGAAAAGAGUUCUCAUUGUUCUUGAUGAUGUGAAUGAUAUAAGCCAACUAGAAUUUCUAGCAAUAGCGAAUGAUCGGUUUGGCCUUGGAAGUAGAAUCAUUAUUACAACUCGAGAUGUGCAAGUGCUUAAUAAUGUCGGAGUACGAGAAAUAUACAAGGUUAAGGAAUUGAACUUUGAUGAAGCUCUCCAUCUCUUUUAUCUGAAUGCUUUCAAAAAUGUGUCUCCACCAGAAGAGUAUACAACAUUGUCUAGAAGAGUGAUUUACUAUGCUAAUGGCGUUCCAUUAGCUCUUAAAGUUUUGGGUUCAUUCCUUCAUCAGAAGACGAAAGAAGAAUGGGAAAGUGCAUUGCAAAAACUGAAAAAAUUUCCUCACAAAACAGUUCAAAAUGUCUUGAGAAUAAGUUAUGAUGGACUAGAUGAUGACACGAAAGAUAUAUUUCUUGAUAUAGCAUGUUUCUACCAAGGGCAGGAGAAAGAUUACACAAAAAGAAUACUAGAUGCAUGUGGUUUCUUUGUGGCAGUGGGAUUAAGAAUUCUUAUCGAUAUGUCACUUGUAACGAUAAAGGACAACAGGCUACGGAUGCAUGACUUAAUACAAGAAAUGGGUUGGAAAAUUGUUGUAGAACAAUCUGCUAAAGAGCCAGGAAAACGUAGUAGGUUGUGGAUUGCAGACGAUGUUUAUCAUGUUUUGAAAAAUAAAGCGGGAACUGCAGCAAUUGAAGGAAUAUUUCUAGACAAGUCUAAAGUCAGAAAGUUAGACUUGAGUCGUGGAGCCUUCUCCAAGAUGUACAACCUAAGAUUGCUCAAAUUUUAUUAUUCUGACUUACACUUGACUGGGAAGUGUAAUGUUUGUCUUCCUCAAAACCUUCAGUCUCUUCCUGAUGCUCUUAGAUAUCUCCAUUGGGAUGGAUAUCCUUCCAAAUCUUUGCCACCAAAAUUUUCUCCCCACAAUCUUGUUGAACUCGAAAUUCCUCGUAGCCAAGUUGAGCGCCUUUGGCCUAAAGUCCAGAAUCUAGAGAACUUAAGAAGGCUGAAUCUUCGCAACUCCAAGAAUCUGAUUGAAAUUCCAGAUCUAUCUAACAGUCCAAAUCUUGAGAGUAUAGACCUUGAAUCUUGUAAAAGUUUGGUCCAAAUUCCUCCAUAUUUCAAAUGUCUUGACAAGCUUACUUCUCUGAAUCUGGGAGGCUGCUCAAAACUUAAGCAUCUUCCGGACAUAACUAAGAAUAUGGAAUUCUUAUAUUUACAUGGGACUGACAUAGAAGAAAUUCCCUCGUCAAUUUGGUCAAUGGAAAAACUUAUUCUUUUGGACCUUAACUUCUGUAAAAGUCUCAAACAUCUUCCAAGCGGCCCUUGUAAGCUAAAUUCUCUUCAGUUCCUUAGUCUACAGGGAUGCUUCUCUCUUGAUAAGUUUCCAGAACUUCCAAGGUACAUAAAACACCUACGUUUGAGUGGAACAGCCAUUGAAGUACUACCCUCAUCAGUUGAGUUUCUCUCUGGUCUUGUUAUACUUGAAAUGGAAGACUGCAAAAUGCUUCGGAGUCUUCCAACCAGCAUUUGUAAAUUGAAAUCUCUCCAGCGUCUUUCUCUCUCUGGUUGCUCAAAUCUCAAGAACUUCCCGGAAAUCUUGGAACCCAUGCAAUGCUUAAGGUUUCUUAAUCUAAGUCACACAGCUCUCAGAGAGCUACCCUCAUCCAUUGAAAGUCUAGUUCACCUUAAAAUAUUACAGCUUUAUAUGUGUGAAAACAUUGAGUUUGUCCCAGAUAGCCUUUAUAAUCUGAAUCAGCUUGAAACUUUGAUCCUUUGCGGCAGCAUAAAACUCAAAAAGUUGCCCCCCAUGUCAGAUGGUUUACGCUCUUUGACAGUACUUGAUCUCAGUGAUUGUAAUUUGUUUGAAAUUCCAGAUCACCUCAUUAGCUUAUCUUCAUUAGAAAACCUAAAUCUAAGUGGCACCAUGAUUGAAACCAUACCUGCAAGCAUCAAACAAGUUUCUGGGAUCUACGAGCUUAACUUAACCAAUUGCAAAAGACUUCGUUCUUUACCAGAGCUUCCAUUUCUUAUUGAUUCUUUUGAUGCACAUGGAUGCACAUCGCUGAAGAGUGUUUCAAGGACUGCAUUCACAGAAAAAUUGGACAAAUAUCAAAUUCGUAACCGCUACGAGGGAUACAUGCUAUGUAACUGCCCGAAUCUGAAUCAGAAUGCAUGGAGCAACAUAGUGACUGAUGCAAGGCUCAGAAUCAUGCGUAGCGCAACUGCUUCACUAUUGCUUAAAGAUGACAAUUAUGAAUCUCGUCGAACACCUUCAGUUACUAUUUUCUGCCAGGGAAAUGAAAUCCCAAAGUGGUUCACCUAUCAAAAUGAGGGGUCUUCAGUUCAUGUCAAACUUCCUCCAAACUGGUGUAACACAAUGUUCCUUGGUUUUGCAGUAUGUAUGGUUGUUUCAUUCGACAACUACACUGGAGACUGGGGUUUGGAUUUUAGCUGCGAAUCCCAGUUCAAAGCAGAUUCAGGUGAAAGCCAUGAAUCAAACUGUCGGUUGUAUGGGUGGGGUUGGGGGAAGAGUAGAACCAGAGAAAUCAACUCGGACCAUUUGUUGAUGUGGUAUGACUUGCGUUUGUAUCUUAAUGCUGUAAGAGAAAGAGGAGAAAAUUGGACGGAUGCAUCAUUUAACUUCUAUCCUGCGGAUGUUGCUAAUGAAGCUCUUACAUACAAUGAAGCUCUUAGAUUGGAACCUGUCCGCCUUAGCAAUGUGAAGGUGAAAAAAUGUGGAGUAUGCCUGUUAUAUGCUGAAGAUUCCGAGGAAUCUGGUCUAGAAGUAGAAGACAACUCGAAAAAUAAGAGACGUCGAGAUGACUUUGAAGGAAAUGGUGAUCGAACUCUCAUCUAUGAAAAGGAAAGAGAUGAACCACAUCCUAAGAGAAUCCUGUAAAGAAAAUCUUUUCCAUAGGAUGUAUUAGUGCAUGGUAUUGGUGGUGCUAUUGGCAUGAAGUUAAUGCCUGUUGUAAUGUGUAAAUAAAAAAGUGUGUUUUGGUAUUUGGCAGCUGCUUGUUUGUUUUAUGUACCAUGAAUGUUAAUAUGUGGUUUGUAGUUAGUAAGAUAAGUUUAGUAAUUGUCUUUGUUGUGGUUGUUAUGUAAAAAGCUACAGAUGUGAGAGUUUAAAAGAACAAUUUAACAAACAGAAACUGGGUUCUAGGAGGACUUGGCAAGUUUUUUCUAUUUGACCUU